AUGUCGUCCACCAGCAACGCCUCCAUUGACAAGUUCAACGGAGACAAUUACGCAACGUGGAGCCGGUACAUGCGCGGUGUGUUUUUGACGAAGUCCGUCUUGCACGUCGUCAACCGUGAAGUGACUCCGACUUUCACCGACCCGCGAGCGUCCGAUGACUACGUCAAGGCAAGCAACGUCGCGUUUGGUAUGAUGCUGCUGCACAUGAACGCGGACUACCAUCAUGUGCUGGACAACUGCGAGGAAGCCUGGGUUGCGUGGACAGGUCUGAAGACGCUGUACGGUGGGUCGCAGAAGGCAGGACGCAUCUACCUCAAGCGACAACUUUUCAGCACCAAGAUGGCUGAAGGCGCGAACGUCAUGCAUCACUGCAACGAGGUCCUCAACAUCUCCGCCAAGCUUAGCGGCAUCGGUGCGAAGAUGGAAGACGAAGACGUUGCAAUUUGUCUGCUACUCAGUCUUCCGAAGAGCUACGAAAAUGUGGUGCUUAACAUGGAAAUGAGCAGCACCGAGCUUCGCACUCAAGAUGUGGUGAGAGUCCUGACGAAUGAGCAUGCCAAGCGUCAAGGAGCAACAAGGACAACGACAGCGACUACGGUGAAGGCUGAAGAUGCAAGCAAGGCAUUCAGCGCCGAGCGUGAGCCCUACCAAUGCACGUAUUGUGGCAAGGUGGGACACACGGUGGAUCGUUGCUGGACAAAGCAGAAGAACGAAGGUCGGGGAGCCCGACGCGGCGGCAAUGGUCGUGGACGCGGGGCUAACAAUGUCCAGUGGGGACAUCAUGAUGAAGGCAAUUGCUACGAUCGAGUGGCGUUUGCAGUCUCGUUCGAAUGUGGAGUUUCGACGAGCAAGGACGUGUAUGGAAUGUGGGCUUAUUGA